AUGGGUGAUGUUGAGAAAGGCAGCAGUUUUGUUCAGAAGUGUGCCUGGUGCCACACUGUGGAAAAGGUAGGCUAUCACAAGACUGGGCCAAAUCUCCACGGUCUGUUUGAACAAAGACAGGCCACUGGAUUCUCUUACACAGAUGCUAACAUGAGCAAAGGUACCACCCGGGGAGGGUACCUGAGCGAGCAUGUGGGGAAUGCCAAAAAAGUACAUCCCGGAAACAAAAACGAUGGAAUGGAGAAGGGAGAAAGGGCAGACCUAAUAGCUUAUCUUAAAAAGGCCACUAACAAGUAA